AUGGCUCUCGGCCGUCUUGUCCACUUUGCAUUUGACGCCCUCGCCGUGUCUACCAUUCUUGCUGGUGUCAAGAAGACUACCGGAUUUGCCCCCGCGACCGACCUCAUCCCGGACUCCUCUCUCAAGUCGGUGACCGACUCUUACCUCGGUGUUGGACACACAAUCUUCGACAUUGUCGCUGGGCAGUCGGUGAUGAGCCAGUACUUCAAGAAGCAAUAG